ACCCCUCGAGGCCGCGGGUUUGGUUGCACACGGGCUGCAGUUUCAGUUUGUUUUAUUCACCAUUUUGAGUAGCUGAGGGUAAAAAAAAAUUAGGAAUAUUUGCGUUGGGAGGACGAGUCGCCACCGUACCUUUAUUUGCACGCGCUAGCUCGGACGGCGGAGUUGUGCGCCAAGCUCGCGCCCCUCGGUGUUUUGCAGAGCGGGAACCAAUAUUUUUUUUUUUGCCUGUGCUGCUUCUUCUCCCCCCCCCCCCCUUCUUUCUUACAUCCCUAACCUCUACAGUAUUCCUGCAAAAUGGCAAGACCAGUGAGGAACAGGAAAGUGGUGAACUACUCGCAAUUCAACGAGUCUGAUGAUGCAGAUGAGGAGUAUGGCGAGAAUAAGCCCAAGAAGGUGCGUGCGCCCCCCCGUGAGCCCAAGCACAAGCGCUCAAAGAACUCGCAGGAUGACAGUGAGGAGUCUGAUGAGAAGGUCUCCAAACCCAAAAAUGAAUCGGCAGAUGACUUUGGCAGCGAGGAGGAGGACAACGAAUUUGGCGAGGGGGAGGAAGAUGGGGGAAGCGACUACGAAGAAAAGAAAGGCAAAAAGGCCAAGAAGGCCAAGGUGGAGAAGCCCGCCAAGAGGGGACCGAAGAGAAAGCGGCCUGCAGAUGACAGUGAUGACGAUAAGGAAGUGAGUCGAAAGCGCACAGUGCGCCAGGCGGCCUCCAAGGCCGUGUCCAAACAGAGGGAGAUCCUGCUUGGCGAUGCGGGCAGCGAGGACGAGGAACACGAAGACAAAGAGGAGCCCUAUUUGGACCCUGACGAGUCCGGCAGCGAUGAGGACUUCAUGGUGGAGGAUGAUGACGAUAGUGACUAUGGCCGCUCCAAGAAAAGGGGCAAGAAGGUGAUCCGACGGGGACGGCCGGACAAGAAAGAGAAGAAAAGCCCCAAGCCCCGACUAAAGGCCACAGUAACCCCCAGCCCAAUGAAGGGAAAGGGGAAGGGCCGCCCCAGCGCCAAGGCCCCGGAGAAGAGCUCGCCCAAAGAAGAGGAAGAGGAGGACCCCGAGAGUCCCCUGGAGGAAGAGGAGGAGGAGGCCGAGAAGAAAGAGUCCUCCCCUGCCCCCAAGACAACAAAGGAGGCCGCGGGAGGAGACGAGGAGGAGGAGGAUGAAGAGGAGGAGGACGGCUCAGAAGAGGAGGCGCCCUCUGGAGAAGACUAGAAGAUGGUACCUGCCGAAGCCCAUCCUCCCAUGUCUCUUUCUCUGUCUCUUCUCAAAAGGUUUUGUUUUCUUUCAUUGCUCUGCGUUUAGAAUCUUUUUUUUUGUUGUCUCCUGGUGGCCUGGCUCAAUGGUUUGGACUUGGUGUGCUUUUUUCCUUCUUUUUUUCCUCCCCACCAACCAAGACAUUGUGCUGAUUCUCAUGCGUAUGUAAGGAGUCACAGCCCUCCUGUCAUUAUCACUUACAUUCUGCGUUCUAGAGUCAAAGUGUCUUGCCUUUUCCAAGAGCUCAGUGCUACUGGGCAUCCGUCCUGAGUGUGAACAAAACCACUUCCCUUGUCUGUCACUGGUAAUCCCUUCUCUGACAUGACUGGCAACGCGCGCUGUCCAGUUUACUUUACUAAUAUGUGCGAUUACUGGGAGUAUUGUGCAGGGCUUCUCAGUAUCGAGUUGCUGAAGCGCCGUAUUUACAAAGCGACGCUUAAGUCAACACACGCGGGGCUAAAGGCCUUCACCCUCUCUUUGGUCGCUUGUGCUUUUAAACCAGGAGCAUGUUUUAACAGGGCAGCGUUAGCUAGAUAGUUCUUCUGAAAAAACCUGUGCUGUCAGUUGAAGCAGUUUUUCCUUUUUUAAUUUGUAUUGUUAGGUCACCCUGUUUGUUUCAGACUGUAUUGGUGCUGAACCCCUGCUGCUUCGUAGAUCAGUACAAACUGUUUAAGGUGUUCUCUGUAGACUGGUGGAGUGGUGGGUCACCGCUGAGUGUUCGCCACACGCUGGACUGCCACUAUCGCACGUUUCAAGCCGGCGUGUGUGUGUUUUUUACGUACUUGUUUAAAUUUGUAUGCUUGUAAGAGGGUCUGGCUUUAUUUUUCUCUCAGCCCAUCUGCUGCCUAUGUUAAACGGUUUUCGGUUGUUGUAUGUCGGGCUUUCUCAACGACGCGCGCCAUUACCACGUGACGCAAACCCCGCCCCCUUUCAGAACACAUGAGCCCCCUAACUCCUUGCAUGGCUACAUCUUCUCAGCAUUCAACCCCUUGUGCCAGGCACCCCUAAAUCUCGUUUUUUUUUUUGCUUUUAUUUUAAUAAAAUUCAAGAAGAGAUGUUUGUUUUUUUUGUUUUUUGUUUUUGAGAGUUAAAAAAAAAAAAUGAAUGUUGUUUUUUCUUCUGUCGGUUCAUUGUUUUAAUUCUCUAUUCAGAUUUUUUUUUUGUAAUGUUUGUUUUUUAAGAAAAGAAAUAAAAUGUAUCUUGAUUUUAAAGAAAAAAAGUUGACCCUAUCAAAUCUGUUCUGCCCUGUGGUUGGACCAGCCAUCCCUCUGUCCUUUCUUUCACUCACUUAUUCCAUUUGUUUGUCUAUUAAUGCCUUGAUUUUCAUUGAGUUCAGUUUUCAGUAGUUGUUGGAGGCCUGAGAAUGUAAUCUAUCCUCGUGUUUUAGGUCCGUGCUAGAAGCUGCAAAUUCGGCUUAGAACAAGUCAGCGAUUCCUCUGAUCAACUGACCAUCCAAAGCCAUAAUCGAUCUCAAAACUAGUGACUCGUGAUCAGGUGCAGAACUCGUGAGACUGUCCUCUUUUUUUUUUUUGUGUGUUUUGAUCAAAAAAAUAAAACUGCAUUAUUAGGCGUCAGUCAGGAGAAUUUUUGAUUUGUUCCAUGACUGCACUAAUCAGUCCUGGAUGUGUACAGGACACACCUGAACUAGUCCUUGGUUCCAGAAGCACAUUCAAUUAUUUUACGACUGUCCGUAGCUGCUUAGUGUGUUUUUCUCCGUCCAGGUCCUGAAUUGGCACGAAAUCCUUAAUGUCAUUUUAAGACAAUUUGAUAUAAAUAAGGACAAAGAAAAUGCUCAGAGAGCUCUGUUCGCAGGAAGAUCAGAUGCCCUGUCGUUGGCAUCGCUGAUGGGCUUGACAAGAGGUUCCUCUCCAUCAUCCCACAGGAGGCACAUGGCAUAAGGCUGUGAAUUUCUCCUAUCCAUUUGAAGAUUUCUUCUGUUGUACUGUUUUUUUUUUUUAACUUUUUUUUUUUUUUUUCUACCUUCAGUUGUACUGGCAAUGUUAAUGUAAGCCAAGUUGUGAUUCCUACAGGAGACCAUGAGGAGGAGCUUUUGUCCGUAGUGUGGAAGGGGAACGCUGAACUAAUCUUUUGCAUGUUGUGGGGGAAAAGUGGAAAUGGCAAUAUUGUGGUCUGACAAAAAAAAAAAAGAAGAAAAAUGAGUAUUAACAACGACAAUGUUGGUAAUGUUUUGGUUUCCCAGCUUCUAAUAAAGGCAACCUACUUUUUAUACGGAUUUAA